GUGAAGAGUUUUUCCUCGCUCGCGCCGUCAGUGUUUUUCGGGCUGCUGAUAAAUCGCAACUUUUCUGAUUGAUUUCGGUCGAGUCCGGUCGCGAAAAGUGUGUGAAUCGCGAAAGUGCGCUCGCAAUCGUCGUAAUCGGUUGCCGGGUGGUGUUGGGGUGUGGAUUUGAGCCGGAAAAAGUGAAUUUAAAAGUAUCCAUCCGUGGUCGUCCCCGCAGUCAGUGAGAGAAAGGAGGAAGAAAAAAGGUCCACAGAAGAGUGUGUUCGCAUUGAUUAUAGCAAGACGGGGCGGUGCACGGUUGUGUGCGUAUGUGUGAGCGCAAAUUUGCCACAGCUGGGAGUGUAGUGGUGUGAAUGGUGUUGGUCGGUCGAUCGCAGACAUCGAAAGACACGGGAGCAGCGAGAUUAACCCUUGCAUGACAUUGUGGUUGUGGUGGUGUUGUGCUGUGCAGCAGUAAAUAAAUCAUCCACACAUCUGCUAGUUUGGACUGGUGCUGAGCCGUCUGUUGUUGGUGUUUUUGCUGAAAGUGAAUGGAAAAACGCUUUCCACUAGAGUCGUCCUGUGAAUCAAGGACCUAUUAAGCUGAAACAAUGGUAUCACGAAGAAAGCCCCAACGUGGUUCCGAAAGCAUCGCCCAUCAUCAACAGAUAUAAAUCUCGAGGGACGAGAGUCGUCCUCCCUCGGAUCUUCCUGUUCACUCUUGACUCUCUUGGUGCCGCUCUCUGGCAUCCUUUCUGCCUAUCAACUUUCAGUCUUGUGCGUCUUGUGAGUCGAUACGGUGACGGGAGAAGGACAAAAAGGAAACAAAUAAGUAUCACGUGGCGGCACGGAUCCUUUGAUUUGGUACCGGUCGGCGUUGUUGCCAUCAACAGCUGAGACGCCUGCGGCGAGAGGAAAAAGCCGCGAUAAGGCUCGUUUUAUCAGCUAUAGAUAUACACAGCUGUGUGAGAGCUGUGCCGAAGAAGUGGCGUUGGUCCUGAAAUAGAACCCCAAUAUAGUCAUUAGUUUGUAAGUGAUUUAGCCCAAUAUUGGUGUAGUGGCAGAUCGGGCGGAGUGCUGGCUUGCGCGAAACCAAACACGUAGGUGGUGCUGCAACAAUUUGUAAUCUCCGAUGGCAGGAAGCAUCAAGCAAGAGGAUGUGUGCUACGUCGUAGCAAAGUAUGAUUACGCCGCGCAGGGUGCUCAAGAGCUAGACCUUAGGAAAAACGAACGCUAUCUGCUGCUGGACGACAGUAAGCACUGGUGGCGCGUCCAGAACUCCCACAAUCAGUCCGGCUACGUGCCGAGCAAUUAUGUUAAGAAGGAAAAGAAAUCGGUUUCGCUCUUCGACAGCUUCAAGAAGAAGGUGAAAAAGGGCUCCUCGGGCAGCAAAACACUACCGAACUGUUCACCCUCACGGCAAGUUGACAGUCCCACGAUGAGUCGGAGGUUACCGCCGGAUCCAUCGGACGCCGUUGCUUCCACCCCCAUAGGAACUGCCAUAGUUAAGUAUAACUACCAAGCACAGCAACAGGACGAACUGUCGCUCAUCAAGGGCACCCGGAUAUUGAUCCUGGAAAAGUCCAACGAUGGCUGGUGGCGUGGCCAAAGUGGCUCCGCGACCGGUUGGUUCCCCAGUAACUACACGACAGAGGAAACCGAAGACGACACCGUACAUACGUAUGCUAUGGCGGAAAAUGUCCUAGAUAUUGUAGUCGCGUUAUACUCAUUCAACUCCAACAACGACACGGAACUGUCCUUCGAGAAGGGAGACCGUCUGGAAAUUCUAGACCGACCUGCAACGGAUCCGGAAUGGUAUAAAGCCCGCAACAACAACGGCCAGAUUGGACUGGUGCCGCGGAAUUACCUGCAGGAACUGUCCGAGUAUCUGGCGCAGCCCUACCGGGGAAACAACGGAAGCGGACCGGACUCGCUGGAUCGACGGCCAAACGAUCAGCAGUCCAACAACAACAAUUCCAACUCCGCCAAUAGUAAUAAUAACAAUUCGCAACAACUGCUGGACCGACCGCCGCUGACGGGCAAAAGCUGGUACUACGGUGCUAUUACGCGAAGUCAAUGUGAUACGGUACUGAACACUCACGGCCACGAUGGCGAUUAUCUGAUUCGGGAUAGUGAAACGAAUCUCGGAGAUUACUCAGUGUCGCUGAAAGCGCCCGGACGCAACAAGCACUUCCGCGUGCACGUGGAAGGCAACAUGUACUGCAUCGGACAGCGGAAAUUCCACACACUAGAUCAGCUAGUGGACCACUACCAAAGAGCACCUAUCUACACCAACAAGCAGGGCGAGAAGCUGUAUCUGGUACGGCCACUUCCCAAGGCAAACGGGACCUAAGGCGGCUCUGGGUCGUCGUCGUCGCGUUUGUUGGUAGUCAGGUAAGCGUGCGCGUUUUUUAAUAAUUAGUUUAUGUCGAAAGACAAAAGGCAACACCCCCCAUACACGUAUAGACAAG